GAGGGUUAGUGCAGGGGCUGUGGAUCUACCUGGGACCGUCCUCCUGUCUCCACACCUGACCCGUCUGGGACCACUCUCUUACUGUGGACUCUAGUCUGAGAGCUGCAGCCAUGCCUCUGCCCACCACUGCCCCUCCAAACAAGAAGAAGAAGGCCGACAAGAUCAUCACCGACCUCACCAACAUCAGCCAGAACGACGAUGCUUCGGACUCGGAGGCGGCGGAGUUCGAUCUUGGAACCAAAAUCCAGACUCCCAAAGACGUGAUGCUGGAGGAACUUUCUCUGAUGAAGAACAAAGGCUCCAAGAUGUUCCACAUGAGGCAGCAGCGCGUCGAGAGGUUCAUCGUGACCAGUGAGAACAUGACAAACCUGGAGAACCUGCUGAUUCUUCCUCCUCCACCUCCUCCAAAGCCUGAGAUCAUCAAAGAGCAGGAAAAACCUGAGGUGAACGAGGCGGAGGAGAAGGAGCGCCGGAGGAAGCAGUACGUGCGCACAUACGUGUCACCAUGGGAACGGGCCAUGAAGGGCGACGAGAUCCUGGUCGCUACGAUGAAAGGACGCAUGCCCGGACCAAUCAAGAUCCACUCUGAGCUGCCCCAGUACAAGAGCUUCAACAGGACAGCGCUUCCGUUCGGGGGCCCUGAGAAAGCUUCUAAGAUGUUGACCUUUGAACUCCCGGAGGUGAUGGUCGCCCCUGAGGAGCCCGAGCCUCUGCCCAGCCUGCAGCCCGACAUAAGGUCCAGACCCUCGUUCAACCGCACUCCCAUCGGCUGGGUAUGCUCCGACGACAACGGCCACAUCCACCUGGAACUGGACAACAUGCCCUUUGAUGGAGAGACCGAUGACCUUUGAACCCAUGCAUGUAAACAGGAAGUGCACUAGGGGUGGGCGAUACUGACAAAAUACUGACAUUUUUGUAUUAUCCAAAGUAACAAUAACACGUAAAGCUUAAAACACAGUGAAUAUGUCAGAUCUGUUUGAGUUUUCUUAUAUAUUUUUGGGGUGUAGCCAUUUAUCACUGCCGCCAUUUUGGAUCUCUAAACCCCGCCCCUGCGUUGUGAUUGUUCAGGUCAGAGUACGUCAUAGCAAAUGAGAUCGCUAUGGAGCAGAAAGUAAAACGAGAAAGGGCUGUGUAAUUAAAGCCGCGCUGUGUAACUUUCCUGGUGGAGAGUGCGCCCCCUGCCUGUCUAAUGGAGAUAAGGUUUUGCCUGAAAUGUUCCGCAGUUUGGCAUUAAACUCAUCUAUCUUGGAAUUACAGGUGUUCUUAUUCUCAAAAAGUACUUGUCCCGAUGGCGUCACCUGUUACAUCCGUAGAGAUAAAUCGAAUGCCAUACUGUGGAACAUUCCAGGUGAGGCCGUAACAUCUCCAUGGAGACAAGAAGUGACAUAGUGCCACUUUUAUUGGUACAAAUUUCACUUUAUUUCAUUUUAUCCAGCUUUUUGGUUUGUAUAUUUCCAAACAUUGUAAUAAUUUGAUGUGAUUCUGUAUCUGACGUGUCGCCCGCCUCUAGUUGAAACAUAAAUGAAACACAAACAGGAAGUUGUAACAUACUAUUGAAAGUACAGAGGAAGUAGGAGACGGGUCAUGUGACGUAAAAUGCAUGGAUUUAUUUGAUAGAAAUUACUUUGAAAGGAACAUAACAAACCAGCAAACAUAGACUGUAUAAAGAAGUGGACUAAGUGAGAGGGACGUCACCCACAGCGUUUAUGUAGAGCGGGUUAAUAUGAACAUUUAAGACCAAAACGAUGAGUCUGACAGCAGCAGUUACAGAGAGAGGAGCCAGAGAUUUUCAAUAGAAAGUGAAUUGGAGCCAGAGUCCAUGGAGCUGGAAGUGCGCCCAUGCUCAUGUCAUAUUUGGAGCGUGGCGACUACAGGUUAGAUAUGUCCCUUUAUAUAUACAGUCUAUGGCCACACCACACUGCACCGUGACAUAUUUAUUUUAAUUUUAACCUCUGAAAAGUCUUAGUUUUGUGGCUCUGUGUGAACGUACUCAACUAAUUUAUUUAUGCAAUAAAG